CGCCGCCAUUUUGCACCAGACCUAUUGAAAAGAGUGAGAUAGCAGACACGGCGGGAUUUGGCCACUUUAUCCUCUUUCAAUACGUUUCCCUCUGGAUUUAUCCCAACACAAUCCAAGAUAUAAUCUGACAGGUCACGGAGACAUGGCCACGGAGCAUAUAAAUGGAAAUGGUGGUACGGAUGAACCGGCGGAGUCUUCAGCAGCAGUUACCCAUUCAGAGCACUUCCAGACGCUACUAGACGCAGGCUUACCGAGAAAAGUUGCGGUCAAACUAGAUGAGAUUUACAUCGCAGGGCUCGUGUCUCACAGCGAUCUCGACGAUCGAGCGAUCGAAGCUCUCAAAGAGUUCAACGAAGAAGGCGCGCUGCAAGUCCUCCUGCAGUUUAAAGAAAGCGACCUGUCGCACGUUCAGAAUAAAAGUGCCUUCCUCUGUGGAGUGAUGAAGACGUACAGGCAGAGGGAGAAACAGGGCACCAAAGUGUCAGACUCUACUAAAGGACCGGACGAGGCCAAAAUCAAAGCUCUGCUGGAGAGAACUGGCUAUACGCUUGACGUGACGACAGGCCAGCGCAAAUAUGGUGGUCCGCCUCCAGGAUCGACCCAUGCCGCAGUACAGCCCACCAUCGGCACAGAGAUUUUUGUGGGAAAGAUCCCGAGAGAUCUGUUUGAGGACGAGCUGGUCCCUCUGUUUGAGAAAGCUGGACCCAUCUGGGAUCUGCGUCUGAUGAUGGACCCUCUCAGUGGGCUGAACAGAGGAUAUGCCUUCGUCACCUUCUGCACUAAAGAGGCUGCUCAGAAAGCGGUCAAGCUGUGUAACAACAAUGAAAUACGGCCCGGUAAACACAUCGGCGUCUGCAUCUCUGUUGCCAACAAUCGUCUGUUUGUGGGCUCCAUUCCCAAGAGCAAAACCAAGGAUCAGAUCGUGGAGGAGUUUGCCAAAGUCACUGAGGGCUUGAACGACGUCAUCUUAUACCAUCAGCCUGACGACAAAAAGAAGAAUCGAGGCUUCUGCUUCUUAGAAUAUGAGGAUCAUAAAACGGCAGCUCAAGCCCGCCGCAGGUUAAUGAGCGGCAAGGUCAAGGUUUGGGGGAACGUGGUGACUGUGGAGUGGGCCGAUCCUAUAGAAGACCCCGAUCCUGAGGUCAUGGCUAAGGUCAAAGUCCUCUUUGUGAGAAACCUGGCGAGCACAGUAACAGAGGAGCUCCUGGAGAAGACGUUCUGUCAGUUCGGCAAACUGGAAAGGGUUAAAAAGCUGAAAGACUACGCCUUCAUCCACUUCGAGGAGAGAGAUGGUGCUGUCAAGGCUCUCGCUGAAUUGCAUGGGAAGGACUUGGAAGGGGAACCAAUUGAAAUCGUCUUCGCGAAGCCGCCCGAUCAGAAGAGGAAAGAGCGAAAGGCCCAGAGACAAGCUGCUAAAACUCAAAUGUAUGAUGAGUAUUAUUACUACGGCCCACCGCACGUGCAUCAGCCGACAAGAGCGAGGGGACGAGGUGCUAGAGGUUAUUCGUAUCCGCAUGACUAUUACAGCUAUGAGGAUUAUUACAACUACUAUGGCUACGACUAUCACAACUACCGAGGCGGCUACGACGACCCCUACUACGGCUACGACGACUUCCAGGCUCACGUGCGAGGAAGAGGCAACAGAGGAGUGCGAGUGCCCACUCUGUCCCGAGGCCGCGGCUCCAGCGUCAGCAGAGGACGAGCUGCUUUCUGCCAGCGCGGGGCUCCAGGAUCCAGCCGUGGGGCCCGGGGCUCCAGAGGAGGCCUCCAGCAGAGAUGUCGAGUGGGCAAAGGGGUCGAGGCUGGUCCUGACCAGGUUGUAUGAAGAUUGACUUGUUGUAUGGGGUUACACCGGAUGCUUCCAGUGUUCAUAAGCUCACAGCAAACUCAAAAGGUCCAAUGAUAUCCCAGCCUGUAUCGAAGCAUCUCCUAUACUGCCACUCCAACAAACACCCCUAAGAAUUCAAGACCAUUUUUGGCCGUUUUACAUUCGGAGCCCGUCUAAAUAAACCAAACCCGCUACUGCCCCCGGUUAAAUAGCCCACAUUUUUGAACCCGGAGACUUUCAAGGAUCCCGAUAUACGACCGAUGUCUUUUUUUGCACUUUUUUUUUGUACUUCUGCGUUUGAAGUGGCUCAGAAGAGCUUGAUGCUGAUGUAUAUUUUUGUGCUAUCUACACUUUUUUUUCCGUCGGAACGUCCCAUGUUAACCUAAAAUGUUUGGAUUUGCUUGAGCAUCUGUGGGUCUUUGGUGUAACCGCCUCACGAGGAGGAGUCAGGCAUUCCAGGAACGCUGUUCUUUUAAGAACUUGUCUUUUUUUUUUAAGGGUCGGUUAACUACCUCAGUAGACGAGGAUUCAACUACCCUGCCUGUACUGUAAAUAGGGACACUUAAAAAUGAAAACAAACAAAAAAAAAAACAAACAAAAGCCAAGCAUAGGAGCAGGGCUUGUUUCUGAUAAAAUAUGCACAAGGGCAGCAGAACGUCUUCAUGUAAUAUAGUCAAUCCACUGCUGCUCUCACAUUGCAAACAGUAAAACUGGGCAUGCAAGUCAACCUCAUCUGAUGAGCUGGAACAAGCCCUGCUCUUAUCCUCCUCUCAACCUGAACUAGCCGCCUCGCUUCUUCAGAUUAUGUAGUUACUGGGUGUAUGAUUGUAUGAUAGUUUGGAAUAAAAUGUUACUUUUGUAUCGGCUUAAACCACACAAAUGCAUCCGCUGCAUUUGCUAAGCCCUGCAGUGUCCUUUUUUCCCUUCACCUAUGGAGCCAGAUCAGUCUCAAAAAUAAUACAUUUACUAAAUAAAUUUCAUACGUUCACAACAAAAUUAACGUUUACAAAAUGCAAUUUGUAAGUUCAAAACACAAU